AUGUCUAUACCCAGGUCAUUACCACAAAGUAAAGAAGCCCUUCUAAAGUCAUACAGAACUCGCUUGAAAGAUGAUGUGAAAAGUAUGCUGGAAAACUUUGAAGAAAUUGUUAAGCUGUCAAAGGGCGAGCAUGAUACUCAACUCUCAAGAAUGACACAGUGUGAGCAGGAUACUUAUGAAAUGCAUGUUCGAGCAGCGAACAUUGUACGAGCUGGAGAAUCUCUCAUGAAAUUAGUUUCUGAUAUCAAACAGUACCUGAUUUUGAAUGAUUUUCCGUCUGUGAAUGAGGCUAUAACUCAAAACUCCAAACUAUUCAGAACCAAACAGGCAGAAUGUGAUCAAAAAUUGAUGUCUUUGCGAGAUGAUAUGGCUGCAGAUCUAUAUGAUUUGGAAGAGGAAUACUACAGUAGUAUUAAUAAGUGA